CGCACGUCCGCCACAAUGACCACCAUUGUCCAUGACACUACAGAGGCAGUGUGCCUCUCCUCUGAGUACAACCUGUACCUCAAGCCCAUUGCCAAAAUGACCAUCAGUGUGGCUCUGCCCCAGCUCAAGCUGCCAGGCAAAAGCAUCUCCAACUGGGAGGUAAUGGAGAGGGUGAAGGCCAUGGUGGCUCCAGAGCAGUUUUCAGCCCUGAGAAUCUCAAAGAGCACCAUGGACUUCAUCCGCUUUGAAGGCGAGGUGGAAAACAAGACAGUGGUAAAGAGCCUGCUGGGCCGUCUGGAUGGGAAGAGCAUCAAACUUAGUGGAUUUACUGAUGUCCUGAAGGUCCGUGCGGUAGAGAACAAAGUGGACUUCCCUACGCGUCAUGACUGGGACUCCUUCUUCCGUGAUGCUAAGGACAUGAAUGAGACUCUUCCAGGAGAGAGGCCGGACACCAUUCACCUGGAGGGACUUCCUUGCCGCUGGUUCAGCCAGAAGGACAGCCCAUACCCAGACCGGCCCUCUGAAGAGGUCCUCAUUGCGGUCUUCCAGACAUUUGGCAAGGUACGAAAUGUUGACAUCCCCAUGCUGGACCCAUACAGGGAGGAGAUGAUGGACAAGAACUUCAACACAUUCAGUUUUGGGGGUCAUCUGAACUUUGAGGCUUAUGUCCAGUACCAGGAGUACUGCGGCUUCACCAAGGCAAUGGAUACUCUGCGCAGCAUGAAACUGAUGCUGAAAGGAGACGAUGGAAAGGCAGUGGCCUGCAACAUCAAGGUAACCUUUGAUACCAGCAAGCACCUGAGUGAGCUGGCUCUGAAGAGGAGGAGUAUGGAGAGGAUGAAGUUACAGGAGCUGGAGAGACAGAGAGAGGAACAGAAACGACGGGAGAAGGAAGAAGAGGAGCGGCGUAAGGAGGAGGAGAGGAAACAGAAGGAGCAGGAAGAGGAGGAGAAGGAGAGGAGGAAGGAGGAGAGGUUACGAAAGCGAGAGCAGAAGCUGCGGGAGAGGGAAGAGAGGAGGAACCUGAAGAGGGUGAGGAGACAGCAGGAAGAGGAGCAGAAGAAGCUGCAGAUGAAGAUUGCCAUGGAGGAGAGGAGACUGCUGCUGGCUCAGCGCAACCUGGAGUCAAUACGGCUCAUCGCUGAGCUACUGGCCAGGGCCAAGGCGCUGAAACAACAGCAGCAGGAGAAAGAGAGGGCCGAACGGGAGGAACAAGAAAGGCAGGAGCAGGCUCGAAAGAAAGAGGAACUAGCUCGUCUUCAGCAGCUGGAGGCUUGCCGACGCAAGCAGGAGGAGGAGCUCCGGCGGGUGGAAGUGGAGAAGGAGCGAGCACUGGAGCUCCAGCGCCGUGAGAAGGAACUAAGGGAGAGACUGCUUUGCAAUCUGAUGAAGAAGAGCAGUAAUAAAACCUCAAGACCUCCAGGCACGCAGGACCAGGUUGGCCCUGUGAUGAGUGAGGAGGCCUCUGCUCCUGGUGGCAAUGACGUGAUGUUGGGGGUCCUGGGCCGGGUGUACGGAGUGAAGGCAAGCGAGAGCAAGGAGAGGCAGGUGUCCAAAUCCAGUUUGCAUUCCCAAAGUUUGGGCAAAAACAGAGCGGCAGAGGAGCGGAGAGGAGGGGAGGACAGGAAGAAAGACCGGGAUGGAAGGAGGGAGGAGAUGGUAAGGAGCCGGCACAGCAGGGAGCAAACAAGGGGCCGCUCCCAUAGAGAGAGGAGCUCCCACAGCAGGGGGAGGAGAAGGCGCUCACAUAGCUACAGCAGGAGGAGAAGGAGUUCCAGCUACCGUAGAAGGAGCUCCAGUCGUCACAGGAGGAGCCUUAGUCACCGUGACAGCAGGAGGCACAGCCACAGCCAUUGCAGUAGGAGCACAAGCUCCAGCCGGGACAGGAGCCGGAGCAGCAGUGGGAGGAGUUACAGCAGAGGGAGGAGCCGCAGGCAUAGCCACCAUAGAUACAGUAGAGGCAGCUCCAGGACCAGCAAUAAAAGUAGAGACAGGAGGAGUAACAGCCAUUACAGUCGAGGAUACAGGAGACACAGCUACAGUAGAGACAGGAGCCACUCCAGACGGCGGUAAUCUCCUCAAGUUUAUCGAUCAAUAUAAUCCCCAUUUCUGGGCUUACUCCUAAAGUUCAAGCUUCAAAAGAAUAGAUGUGUUUGGCCCCUAAAUAAAGUAAUGAGGCAAUGUACCAAACAGCCUUCUCCAGAACAGAGCAGCUGGACAAAAACAAGAAAGUAGUUAUAGGAAAGACAUCCCAUUUGAAAGUAAAAGUCAGUUUUACAAAAUCAGAUGAAACAAUAUAUGUAAGUGUACUGUGUGUGUAAGGCAUGCAAAUUGUUGCAGUUUCUAUUUUCACAUAUCAUGCUGUUAUCUUAAAGCUGUUGACAACUGUUAAUUCAUCAAAAUGUUUACAUUUAAUAGUUUCAUGGCAUAAAGCACCACAUUUAGUAUUUUGUUUCCAGGAUAUUCUUUUCCAUGUGUAGAAUAUGUAUGUAUCAAAGUUUUGGUUGAAGUACACUUAAACUCUUAACAGGAAUUAACAUCAGAAGGUUUCAAAAUUGGAGUCAAAAUUACUUAUCCAUUAUAUAAUAACUGAUAUUCAUUACUUUGCAUGUUAAGAACAUUGACUGAUGAAUCAUUGGAUUAAAGGCUACUGUAAUAGGCUGGCUUUAUUUGUAAAUUUUUAAAAUCCAACUGUGAACCCAAAAGCUUGUUAAUGACCUCCAUUUUCUGCAAGCAAGUUGUCUUUGUGCAUGAAUAAUGGUGACUUUUUGAAAGUUGCAAAUACAGAGAACAAUUUUUUUGAUGUGGAUCAGCCUGUUCUUCCACAGCCUGGCUACAGUAGAUAAAUCACAAACUCCUGACUGUAAUGUGAUUAGCAUGAAGUUUCACACACGUUCAGACCCUAUGGCUGCAAAAGUUGUGGAAGACUUUUAAGUGAACCACUGGCUGCUGCUCCAUUACAAAUGUGAAAUAUACACAGACUUAUAUACACAGACUAGAAAACAUACCUCUAUGUUUAGGCUGAUCUGCAAACUGACUGAUUUCACAGUACUGUUUUAGCUGCCUGGAAUAUUUUUUGGAAUACUGCUUCAGUAUUGGCUGCCUUGCUGAUAAGCAGCUCAGGAAAAAAAAUACUCAACUGAAUUCUACAACAGUCUUGUUAAGGUCAACCAAGCAUAACCACUUUCAAAGAUCAUAAAGUUUCAGCAGACAAAGACUGAUUUAAUUUAGUUUAAUCUGAAUUUCUGAAUGUUCGGAAGUUUGUUUGAAAAGGAAAUGUGUUUUGUGUGAACUUGAUGUUGAAAGUCAUGAUAGCUUAAUGAAACAUUGGACUCAACUUUGUAAGCAGCGAUCCUCCUUUCCUCUGUAAUGUGUGAGCCUUGAAAACAAGCGAUGACUUUAAGAUCUGUCCAGUUUCUUCAAAAGUGUUUUGACAAGUCUUGCUUUGUAGUGCUUCUAAUGGCAUUACCACACAUGAACGCAAAACAACCAAUCAGAGCCAAAGGAGUCUUUAACACAGCUGUCAAUCAUAUAAGUAACUGCUUGUGAACUGUGGUUAAAAUAGGCAGCGCUGAUUAAAUAUAAACCAAUAUUCUGUUACUGAGUUGCCUAUUUCUGUCUCAGUAGUUUUCAGAAACUUAUUUCAGUGCACUGUUUAGCUGUAACAUGAGGAUAUGGCAUGACAUUAUUGACAACUCUGUAAGAGACUACUUGGCUCUGAUUCAUUGAAAUUAGUGGGUUGUGGUAGAUUCUAGCAAAUGCCAUAAAAGGGAUGGGCAGACUAUCUUUCUCAUGUACUUCUUUCAGAAUAAUAGUGACAGUUUCAGCAAGUAUGUAGUUAUUUUCCAAGUUACCAACUGUAGCUGUUGUCAUUGUAUUAUUAAACCUUCUGCAAUUCACGUCAAACCAGCAUACAAAAAGUAAAUAUGAGAUGUUAGAAUGUAACUCCUGCUUUCAUGUUCACAAUGUGGUGCUGGAGUGCUGGACACAUUAUUUUAACCUUACUAGUAACUGUACAGACUGUUCUCUGCUGUAUUCCAGCUUUUAGGAAGCCUGUCAGGUCCAGUGGUUUUGUCACACUGCUACAUCAACAUUGUAACUUCUCAUGGCAAAGCCCCUUUGUUCUGUGUACUGUAUGCUCAUGAUCUAUGAGAGCAUGUCUCGCAUACACGUUGUUGAAAUAAAAACUCAA